ACACUCACCACAACACCCACGUCUUACCUGACCGCCGCCAUCUGCUCGUCUUGUCAAAUCCGCAGCGGGUCACACAGCUCGGCAUGACAGCUAUCAGACAGUCUUGAGACGCUGUCAUGCCUUCCUCGGGGUCAGCUACAUCUACGGUGUACCUCUCGCAAGAUGAAGCACUCCCGGCGGAUGUAGCCUCGUCUGUUUACGCAUACGUCGAUCGACCUUGUCAUGCUCUCACCUUGCGCAACCGCGCUCUGGCCAAGGUGCAAGUCGUCGGAGGCAAUGUCGCACCCUCAAGUCUGCCCGUAUAUCUGCACAAGAGGACUCCCUGCACGUAUGCUACCAUUGCUGGCAUCAUUGUUGGGGUGACAGAGAAGGACAGACGGUGGGACCUGAUGAUCGAUGAUGGCACACAGAUCAUCGACGUCUCCGUUCACAGCAGAUCCAUACCGGACUCGCUCCUCAAGAGUAUCCCGCCUGUGGCGCCUAGCUCGCGUCAGACGCUAGAAUCUUACCAAAGCAUGCCAACUCUUCCGCUGGAGAGUGGAGAUGUCGUCAAAGUCACCGGGAAGAUCUGGAGACGUCAAUGGAGUACACAGCGUGGCAAGACGACCUUCAAGGUAGGCCUGGAUGUCCAAUCGCUCGACAACCUCAAUGAUGACCCAAGCGAAGAAGCGCGUCACAACCUGCGAGCUCAUCAGAUGGAUUCGACAGAGUACGGUCAGGUGUUCGCCAUGCCGAGCGAGUGUCUAUCUGUUGUACGAAUUGUACUGCCCCUGCAGUCGCGUAGCGCUGCCGCCUACUGCCAUCCUAAUGAGGCCCUUCGUAUGGAGCGCAAGUUCGGCGACGACCUGAGAGCCCUGGUUCAGUCAAGACCGGAUUCUACCCAGGACGAAAAUGGACUGUCGCUGUCGGCCAGCUCGGUAGCGAAUCGUCUUCUGGCGCCACGCUCUCGUUACAAUAGACUGAAGCGAGCUUCCAGCGAAGUGCCCUUCUCGGAGAUUCGGCAGUCCUACCCAGGGCAGCGAGAACGGAGGAUCAAGUUGGAAGCGCAGACCGAGGGAGCUUCACGCAUAGUACCGCUGCCUCCUUCUUCCUCGCUUGAAGCACCUCAGCACACUCUACCGCAUCCCAUGCCCGAGCAAACUGCGUCUGCCCCUCGUCAAUGCUCCAGCCUCGCCUCAAGCCAGACAGCAGCUCCCGAAAGCCCGCCACGACGCACCGCCACGCACUUUGGCAAAAGUCGGCAGCUGCGCACCCCUUCCAAAUUACGAGACUCGCAAUGUACAGCAGACCUCUUUCGUCUGCACGUACAGAAGUUCCUCGUCGAUCACAACCGCUUCACUUCCCUUUGCGAGCGCGCUCGUUUAGAAAGCAGGGGGAGAAAGCGCUCCAGCGAGGGGCCCACCUCGCCACUGCCACCGGUCUUUACAAUGCAGUACCUCAUGACUGUCCGCAAUCUCUGGGAGCUAGCCGAUCGAGUGGUAAGCGUCAUGAUCCGCUCACGUGAGAAAGAGAGUGCUCGCAAAGGUCUUCUGCCGACUGCUUCGGGCGAGGCCAAGAGUGAGAAGAUGAGGAGACUAUUUGAGAGGUGUGUCAGGCAAUUGGUCAAUGAGGGGUACAUCGUCAUUGCUGGGGAGGCAGACGCGAUUCCUGCGAGCUCUCUUUUCGAAGCUCGCGCCGAAGCCGCGGAAGAAGAUCUGCCUUCCUCCCUGAGCGUCGAAGUUGCGAAAUGGGAGCGGCACUUCUACCGUCGAGGUAGUCGCAAUGGACCCCCUCCCCAUUUGAUGGCAGGAGCCGCCAGAAACAGCAACGAGGCAGGACCAGAAGGAGCAGGAGGGAGAGGAGAUGGAGGUGACAGCUACCAGCUCCUCACACCUUCACUCCUCAUUGCGCCCCUGAGCACGAUCCUGCGCCGCUCCAUGAGCACGACCUUCUCAACAUCAGCGUCGGCUUUCAUGGGUGAAGAGGAGAUCAGGGCUCUUACGGAUACGCUUCGCCGGAAUGAUGAUCGGUGGAAAUUCGUGGGGUCGGAGAGUGUCAAGGAGGCUUUGAUGGAAAUGCAAUGACGGGUGCGUUGAAUGAGAGGAGGGAAGGAUGGGGUUCAGGUGACGACAAGGAAGAACAAGCAACGUGUAUAAUCGUAGUGCAUGUAGAGAACAAUGCUAUAGACAGGAGCACAUGCUGAAACGACGAGGCAGAUGUGGUAGAUAAGG